AUGUUAAGCUCUGGUAAUCCCAGGAAUAAGGUUGCCCUUAAUCCUGGACACUCUCUCAUGGAUUGGAUUAGGUUGGGAAAUUCUGGUAAAGAUUUAACAGGCGUUGGCGGAGUAUUAAAAGAUGUACCUUUAGAUGAAUUAGCAGAACAUAACAGUAAAGAAAACGCUUGGAUAAGUUUAAGAGGAAAAGUUUACAAUGUAUCACAUUACAUGAAUUUUCAUCCUGGAGGCGUUCCAGAGUUAAUGAAAGGAGUUGGUAAAGAUGCGACAAAACUAUUCACUGAGAUUCAUCCUUGGGUUAAUUACGAAUCCAUUUUGCAAAAAUGUUUGGUCGGACGAUUGGUUAAAAACAAUCCGACGGCAACUUCUGACGAUUUUGAAAAAGCAUUUUUUGAAAAUAUCAAAUGCACCGAAGAAGAAAAAGAAGAAAAAUUUAAAAAAGAAAAAAAAAAUGACGAAUUCGAAGCCGGUUGCUCCGAAGAUUCUUUUUUCGAAUCCGACAUUAAAAUGUGUUGGUGCCAAACGACGCAAUGUAUAAAAUUUAUUUUUCAAUGUAAAAUAUCAUCACCUCAAAUCCUCGUCAAACUCAAACCAGAACAACAUUUAAGAAUAUUGAUCAGAGUUAAAAAAAAACUUCAUUUAUACUGUUUCAAAUUAGAAAGAAAAGUUUUGUGGCCGUGCGUCGUUAAAGUUAACACGGAUACGGGAAAAGUAGAAUUAGAAUUUGAAAAAAAAGAAGAAGGAAUUUGGAAUACGUAUGGGGAAAAUGAUAAAAAUCACGGUAUGAUGAUGACACGCGUUGACGAAAUAGAAGAAUAUCACAAAGCCAAAAUAAUAAAUAUAAAUCAAAUAACUCAUAACGUGAGAACUUUUGUAUUUAAAUUUGUCGACAAGGUCCUCAUGUGGGUUCCCAUUGGACACGACGUGAGAAUUAGAGGAAUAAUCGAAGGUAUAGACUACGCAAAGCAAUACACACCCAUUCCGCCGUACCUUCCUCACGGGGAACCCACAUUAAGGCAUUGGCAUCACGAUUAUUUGUGUUUUAUGGUUAAGUAUUAUAGCGAAGGUGCUCUCACUCCUUAUUUGUUUGGAAAAAAAGAACAAGACGUGGUGGAAAUCGGAGGAAUGAGCGGGAAUUUUAACAUAAGAAAAUUAAAUAACGUUAAAAAAUUAUACCUGAUAGCUGCGGGAUCCGGAUUAUCUCCGAUGCUUAAAAUAAUAGUUUGGGCAAUAUCUAAAAAAGAUCAAAUAAAAUCCAUGAAUCUUUUGUUUUUGAAUCGUUACGAAGAAGACAUUAUUUGGAAAAAAGAAUUGGAUGAUUUGUCGAAAAAAGAAAAAUGGUUUAAAAUCACUUAUUGCCUUUCUCAACCUAAUUCUUCGUGGAACGGAUUAAUAGGUAGAAUAGAUGAAAAUAUUCUUGAUAAUUAUUUACUUACCGAUAAAGACGAGCCAUCCAAAAAUUCUCUUAUCGAUAAUUUUUUCAUUUCCGCUUGUGGACCCAUUAAAUUUACUGAAAUGAUACAAGAGUAA